AUGAAUAGAGUGAAAGGACAAGUAGUAUCAUCGAAGCCUGUUUCGUUUUCCAAAGCCGCUAGAAUCUUAUCUAAGUUUGUAUCUUCGGAUAAUGAAGCAUCGCCUGCUUUUGCUGCGUACUUGAAGCGUGCUAUGGGUUCUUUUAAUGAACUAGUGCAACUUCAUAAAGAUUGUAAAAAUUCGAGAAGUCAACACAAGGGCAAGCUUGAAAUUGAGGCUACCAACAAAGAUGGUAGAAAGAGAAAAUAUGAAAGUUUUUCAACUGGAAAAUUAUAUGCUUCACAGGAGAAACACAAAUCGAAGAAAAAGAAAACCCAAAUGCAAUUAAAUUUGGAAUGGGAUGAUCUAGCUGUUAUAGAUUAUUAUGUCCAAUCAUAUUAG